GCGGAGGGGUCAAGAGCGAAGUUCUGCGGGACGCUCGGAACGCAGGGAGGGAGGGAGAGACGCCCCUCUGCCGUAGCAGGAAACUACGAAUCCCAGCAUGCAAUGCGCCCGCAGAGAUUGUGAUUAGGCCGGGCGCGGAUCCGAAUGCUUUCGUUGCGUUUAGUCAGAGUUGCCUCCGUUGUCGCCAAGGGCCACCUGUUUUGUGUCCCCCUUUCCUUCACCAUCCCAAUCUUUGUAAGAGUAUUCUGAUGUCUGGGAACAAAACAUUUCAGGCAAGACAUAUGAGUAAUGUUACUCAUAUGUUUUGGGGAAGGCAGGAGAAAGCUAUACUCUGGCAUUUAUCAGAGAAAUGCACUGAAUUUUGCUCUCACUGAAAGGGGGUUGUAAGCCAGGCCAUCUGAGCAGGACGUCACCAGAUGAUCUGGAAGGGAUUUCCCAGUGGAAGAACUUGGCACCGCAAAGGCACACUCAGCUUUGUAAUUUCUAUCAUCAUCAUUCAGAAUUAUAGGCCAUUUCAUGGCAUAGAGCUAUUGAAGCAGGGUGCAGGGUAAAAACAGAAUGAAACAUAGGGGAGGAAACCCUCUAAGUAUAAUAAAUCAAUUCAACAAACUAAAACAAAACAUCCCUAUAAACUAAAAAAAAAAAGCCACAAAAUGUUUCAUCAAAUAUAAGAUGAAACUUCCAUAAAUGACUGGGUCAGGAAAAGCCUUCCUAAGAAAAAGUGCCUUCAGUAGGUUUGUAAACUUCAUCCAUACCCUCCAGCAUUUCUCUGAUAAAAAUAGGGACGUCCCAUCCCUUAGUGAUAAUUUUACUAAUUAUACCCACACAUCUUACUGGGUUGUCCCAGUAGGCUUCCAAUGUAUAUAAAACAUAAUUAAACAAUAAACAUUUUAAAAAGUGCCCUAUACUGGAUUGCCUUCAGACGGCUAAGGGGUCAGAUAACUCCAUACCCUCCAACAUUUCUCCAAUGAAAAUAGGGACAUCCUAAGGAAAAGGGGGACAUUCCGGGAUCAUAUCAGAAACCGGGACGGCUUUUCUAAAUCAAGGGCAUCCCUGGAAAAUAGGGACACUUGGAGGGUCUGCUUUAUCAUGCUAGGCAAAUGUCUGGUUUAGGCUAGUACAGUCAUACCUCUGGUUGAAGUUGCUUCAGGUUGAGGGCUUUCGGGUUGCACUCCGCGGUGACCUGGAAGUAACGGAACACAUUACUUCCGGGUUUCGCUGCUUGUGCAUGCGCAGUCAAAAUGACGUCACGCGCAUGCACGGAAGUGGUGAAUCGCUACCCGCAGGCGUGCAGACGUGGGUUGCAUUCGCUUCAGAAUGUGAAUGGAACGGAUCCCGUUCAUAUCCAGAGGUACCACUGUAACUGAAUCCAGAGAACUGGAGCUGCAACACUAAAAGUCUAUUUUCUAAUAUAGGCUAAGUGCUCCCCCUGGGCUUAUGGUAUUCUCAGCAGUUCUACAUCUGAGGGCUGCGGUUGCUGAGCAGGCAUCUAAUGGGCAAGGCGGUCCCAAGUUCCUUAGGGCUGUAAAUGCUAAAUGCAGGGCGUUGGAAAUGCGCCCAGCAGCACAUUGGAAGCCACUGCAUUUUCUUCAGGAAAGGUGUUACAUGGUGUCAGUGGGGCACCCAAGCCUACAAUCUAGCAUUCUGCACCAGCUGCAGCUUCUGGAUUAAGCCCAAGGGAAGCCCCUUGUAGGGUUUGUUGUUUGUUGCCAUAAUUAGGGGAUGAGUAAGUCUUGGUGAUGAGAGCAGACCUGAGCCCUCCGGACUGUGUAGGAAAAUAGACUGGCCACAUCUACCCCGCUUGAUUCAUAGGACAUCACAGUUACAAAGAAUUAUAAUAGCAUUGGUCUCUUGACAAAAUAGUUAAGGAACGUGUAUUACUUUUAAUAUGUGGUUUCUUGUUAAAUAAUAUUUACUACAUAAUGUUAGGAUAUCCAACUUGAAACAGCAGUUGUGGGGGGAAUAAUUUUGCCAUCAUACUACUAACAAAACUAAAACUAGCCCAUAGCUAAAUCAGAAGAGAAGGAGUUAAUAAGACAUUGGAAGGAAGACAAAUAAAACCUCAUAUGGAACCAAUUACAGUUUCUAUAAAAGAUGUUCCCUCUAGAGGAAGAAAGUUAGCUAAUGGAAGAGAUAUCUUUCUGGAAAUGCAGCAGCUCAGAUCUCAAGCAGCUAGUCAUGAACUGGAAUAGCUUUUAAACCUUUUUAAUUUUUUUACAUGCCAAAAAGAAGGAAUUGCCAGUUAGACAGGGUUAGCAGGUUCUUAAAGAAAGAUAAGUUUUGGACAGAGCUAUGUUAAAUACCUGUUUCUACCACUGUUUUCAAUUUUUGAACUAAGGGGGAAAUGAACUGGUUAGAUAUGGGGUUGGGAAUCUUUUUUGCUUUCUCUCCCGCACACAACACAGGCUAACUUUGACAGGUGGGUGAGAGCCCUCCUGUCAAUCACCCAAUGUCAGGUGAUUGAUAGGUGAGCACUCUCAUCCACCUGCUAAAGUUGACUUGUGGGAAGAAGGGAGGGAUCUGCCUUAUUUAUUUAAAAUAUUUAUAAUAUUGCUUUUCAUCACUAUAGAUACCAAGGCAGGGUACAAAACACAAAAUAAAAUAAUAAAAACCAUUCCAAUCAUAAUCAUAAACAACAAUACUAAAAACAAACCAUCCAGGAAACAAAUAAGCAAAAAAAAUAGAACAGUUCAAACAAUAAUCAGCUUGUUCUUGUUUAGUCGUUUAGUCGUGUCCGACUCUUCGUGACCCCAUUGACCAGAGCACGCCAGGCACUCCUGUCUUCCACUGCCUCCCACAGUUUGGUCAAACUCGUGUUAGUAGCUUCGAGAACACUGUCCAACCAUCUCGUCCUCUGUCAUCCUCUUCUCCUUGUACCCCCAAUCUUUAUCAAAAUCAGGGAGUCUUCUAUUCUCAUGAGGUGGCCGAAGUAUUGGAGCCUCAGCUUCAGGAUCUGUCCUUCCAAUGAGCACUCAGGGCUGAUUUCCUUAAGAAUGGAUCGGUUUGAUCUUCUUGCAGUACAUGGGACUCUCAAGAGUCUCCUCCAGCACCAUAAUUCAAAAGCAUCAAUUCUUUGGCAAUCAGCCUUCUUUAUGGUCCAGCUCUCACUUCCAUACACCAUUACUGGGGAAAAUGCCUAAACAAAUAAGUAUUAACUUGGUGCUGAAAUUAUAACUACAUUGGUGCUAUUUGUACCCAUAAGGCGGGGAUAUGCAAUGUAUGGGGCUUUACUAUGGAUAAAACUUCUGUUAUUCAAAAUACAGGAAUGGGUUUGUGAUAGACAGCAUAGUGAUCUGCCUGCUUCGUGCAGAGGUAACAAAUCACUUCUAGGUUUUACUAAAGAGGAGUCACUAAUGAUGUUGGGAAACGUAGAUGUGAGGGGAGUUGCACUGCUUGGAUUUAAAUGGAAACAUAAGUAUAGUGAUCAUAACGGAAACCUGGUAGAGUGAAGAAACCAAUGGGAUAUUGUUAUCUCUGGACACAAACUGUAGGAAGGGCAGAAAGGGAUAUGUUGGCAUAGAGUCUGGAAGAGCUGCAGCCCAAGAUAGGAAAAGAGGUGGUAAAGGAACACCUAGCUACUUUAAAUGAAUUCAAAUCUCCUGGGCUUGAUGAGCUGAACCCAAGCGUACUAAAGGAGCUUGUGAAUGUAAUCCCAGAGUCUCUGUCUAUAAUCUUUGAGAAUUCUUGGAGAACAGGUGAGGUGUCUGUGGACUGGAGGUGGGCAAAUGUUGUCCCCAUCUUCAAAAAGGAGGAAAGAGAAAACCCAGGUAACUACUGACCAGCCAGCUUGAUGUUGAUACUAGGAAAGGUCCUAGUACAUAUAAUUAAACAGUUGGUCUGUGAGCACUUAGAAAAGGAUGCUGUGGUUACUAAGACCCAGUAUGGGUUUCUCAAAAAAAGUCAUGUCAGAUUAAGCAUGUUUCCUUUUUUCAUAAGAGUUACAAGCUUGAUGGAUCAGGGGAAUGCUAUGGACUUAAGUGUAUCUUGAUCUGUGUAAGACUUUUGACAAAGUCCCCAUGAUAUUCUUGCGGAGAAGCUGUUCAACAGUGGAACAGACUCCCACAAAAUGUGGGGGGCUCUCCUUCCUUGGAGGUUUUUAAGUAGAGUUUGGAUGGCCAUCUGUCUUGUAUAAUUCAGUUGAGAUUCCUGAAUCGGCAGGGAGUUGGAGUAGAUGGACUAGAUGACCCUUGGGGUCCCUUCCAACACUAUAUUUCUAUGAUUCUAUUAUUCUAUGAGUCAAACAGCCAGGGACUUCAAGUUUUCAUGACCUGCUGUUGCUGAUCACAAAGGGACUUGUAUUAAAGCAGCAGGCAUACUUUACAUGACAGCACAGGGAAAGUGCUUGAGAGAAAAAACACUAAGACCUGCAUGAAACUAAACAAGUGGUUUAGAAAAAUGAGCCUGCUUGUCUGAAAGGUCUGUCAAUGAUACAAAAAAUAUAUAACUUCUGUUAAGUAUAAGAUAAGAAUAUGUGUGUGUUUAUGCACAAUAUACAGAUCAUUUUACAAAAUAAUUUGCCCUUCUGGAAAUUUCUGACAGGAAUAAACCUUACAAAAUUUUCAGAGGAAAAUGUAAGAUACUACAUUAUUCUUCAUUACAGGACAAAAUCCUACCCCAAGUACACUUUUCUCUGCAGAAUUUACACACAAACAGACCUUCAAGCUAAUUCUUGUGGUAAAUUAUCACCUGCAGAGUAAUAAACGGUGCUACCAAAUUUCAAUCAAUUACUAUUUAAAUGGUAAGCGGUGAAACGAACGAGCAUCUGGGGCAUAAAAUAUCCAAAAGCAAACUAUUGAUUUUUGCCACAGAGGUGCUUUUAGGUCCUAGCCAAAGUGUUGUAGUAGAAGAAAUGUCCCGUGGGGGUUUUCAAGUAAAAAUUGAUCCAGGAAAGCAGAUGGUGCCCUUCUUGUGGCACCAUACACAGAUUUGUUCUGGGACAAAUUGAAAUUUGGCUUUACAGAAAAGUAAAACAUCACAGAAAUGAUGCGUAAGUUUUAUAUAAGGGUGAAGGUAUUCAUCUGAGUCUUAUAUAAAAAUCUAUACACCACACAUGCACACUUCCUUUCCCUUUCUACAAUCUGUCUGCAUGUUUACCCAAGACACCCUACUGUUGCGGGCAAAUUUCACAUCCUAUAAGACAUGGGGACAAUGGUUCUAUUGUCUUAUUUUUCAGGGCGAGGAAUCUUAUCUUUGUUUGGAUAUGAGGAGUGGUGAUGCAUUUAACUCUGCCGCUGCAACAUGUGACUUUUCAGAUAUGUAAUCACACCGGAGCUUGAGAAUUUCUGUUUGUUCAGUGCAAUUGAUCAUUUACACAGGGCUCCGUGUGCUUAAGAUGCAAGACACAAAGUGCACUGCCAGGCUAGGCCUUCCUAACUUUCAAGAAGAAUGUCAGCAAAGCAUAUUAAAUUUUAUUACACCUCCAGGCUCAAUGCACAUAACUUCUUAUACUUUCUAAAUUCAAUGUUCUGACACUCUUCCAGGGUGCCACAUUGCCUUGCUGUAUGAAGCCAGCGCAGAGCAGGAAACCGCUGAAAUGGGAUGUCUGGUGCUGCAUUUUUGUCUCUUCGCCUUGCCAAAGAAAACGGAUCUCUAAGUAAAAGGAUGCAAGUUUGAGAGGGACGUUAUCGGAAGCUGUUCACCAAAGCAGGAUGUCAUGGAACGCCUCGCUGGGGCUCGAAACUCUCAUGCAUGUUGAGAGGCAGUGGCAUGGAAGAAGAAAAAAACCUUCCUCUGCCAGCAGCAUAUAAAAAUCAGUGGGUUUUUAAAGCCAGAGUGGUGAAAAGUCAUUUUGAGGGAAGUGAUCCAAAGUCUUGAGUAUGUUGAAACUCAUCUUCUGGCUGCAAUGAUAUGUUGGGAAAACAUGUCAAACAAGUAGUUAAAAGCAAUAUUAGCAAUAAGCAAACAACGUUGCGUCCAUUUCCUUUCCAAAGAAAAGACCAGUUUUUGAAUUUUUGUGCAGGCUUGAGCACAUCCACCCCCUUCAUGAAACAAAGCCAGCAACCCAAGUUUAAUUGACUUCACUAGGAUUUUUAUGCAAGUGAGGAAUGCAGAAUUGGAUCCAAAUUUUAUGCUGUUCCAGAUGGAAGAAAUGCAUAUUUACAGACUAGUAAAACCAUUGUUUCGAGACUGAAGUGCUAGAUUCAAACCCUAAUUUCAAAACCAGCUGCCAUAACUACUUCUUUUUCUUCCUCCUCUGCUUCUUCUUCUUCUUCUUCUUCUUCUUCUUCUUCUUCUUCUUUGCAGAAAACUCUGCUUUUGGCCUUUCCUCUGUUCUUUUUGCCUUUGCAUUUUUAUCAUCCUUUGUCUGACUUUGUUUUCUUCCUUCUUAUCCCCUCUUCUCUUUCCAUCCUCCUAUCCAAAAGACUGAACUGUGGAGCAGACAUUCUACUUGCAUCAUUCCUGCUGUGUUAUUUACACAGCCUGCACACUGCCGGUAACUGAAAACUUAUUAUCCAAGGAUGGAUUUCUAUAUAGCCAAGAGAGCACCAUUUUUACACAAGAGGGAGUUAUGAGCUGGUUUGAGGGAUCCCCAAGUUUUGCAUGUGUGCAUGUAUUCAUGGAGGAUACGGCUAUUACUCAGAAUGGCUAUGUACUAUCUCGAGUGUCAGAGAUAAUAGAGUAUAGCUGAAUACCAGUUGCUGAGGAAAGCAAGUGUGGAGAGUAAUGUUGCAUUCAUGGCCUGCUUAUUAGUUUCCAACAGGCAUCUGGUUUGUCACUGCAAGAAGAACAGUGAUGGAUGAGAUGAUCCAACUAGACUUGUUUUAUGUUCUUAAAAAUAAAACAACCCCGAGGGAAGAGUGAGUACAGGAUGCCAAUUGGUUGUUGAGCUUUUGUUUUGUUUGUUUGUUUGUUUGGUUGGUUGGUUGGUUGGUUGGUUGUUUUAAGGAAAAUCAGGGAGCAGGUAAUGGAAUGGAGUAUCCUGCAAGAUGGCAUGGAUGACUUGCUGGAACCAGGAACAAUAGCAUUUUACAACUGUACAUUUUGUUUCAGGUCCCAGCUGUUUCCCCUAGUUCUCAUAUCAUUCAUCAGUGAUUUUUUUAAAAAAGGUUCUGCAGUACAUGCUGUAUGAAUUUGUUCUUCCAGGUGCAUAAUAAAUGCUUGAAUGAGAG